UGGGGAAAACUCCGCGAGGAUGUUGUUGUGCAGGGAGCCUGGCCGGGGGGGGAGGAGGAGGACGAGCUAACUUCUAUGGACAGCACUUUGGAGUGUUUCCUCUGCACCCCUGUGUGUUAUGGCGUCUGAAUGCUUAGUGUCAGUGAUGAGCGAUGGGGUAUGAUGUAACACGCUUCCAGGGUGAUGUGGACGAAGAUCUUAUCUGCCCCAUCUGCAGUGGGGUUUUGGAGGAGCCAGUUCAAGCUCCUCAUUGUGAGCACGCCUUCUGCAAUGCCUGCAUCACACAGUGGUUCUCUCAACAGCAGACCUGUCCUGUGGACCGCAGCGUUGUUACUGUAGCACAUCUACGCCCAGUCCCCCGCAUCAUGCGGAAUAUGCUCUCAAAGCUCCAGAUCACAUGUGACAACGCUGUUUUUGGCUGUACCACCAUUGUGCGACUGGACAACCUCAUGUCUCACCUCAACGACUGUGAACAUAAUCCAAAGCGACCAGUGACAUGUGAGCAGGGAUGUGGCCUGGAAAUGCCCAAAGAUGAACUACCAAAUCAUAACUGUAUAAAGCAUCUUCGCUCUGUAGUGCAGCAGCAGCAAACUCGUAUAGGGGAGCUAGAAAAAUCAGCGGCUGAGAACAAGCACCAGCUGUCUGAGCAGAAACGGGACAUUCAGCUUUUAAAGGCGUACAUGAGGGCGAUCCGCAGUGCCAACCCAAACCUGCAGAACUUGGAGGAAACUAUAGAGUAUAAUGAAAUUCUCGAGUGGGUGAACUCCUUACAACCUGCACGUGUAACUCGCUGGGGAGGAAUGAUCUCCACACCAGAUGCUGUGCUGCAAGCAGUCAUCAAGCGCUCAUUAGUAGAAAGUGGGUGCCCGGCGUCCAUAGUAAAUGAGCUGAUUGAGAAUGCCCAUGAACGCAACUGGCCGCAGGGUCUGGCUACUCUUGAGACGAGGCAAAUGAACCGGCGAUAUUAUGAAAACUACGUGGCAAAACGAAUUCCAGGAAAGCAGGCUGUGGUGGUGAUGGCCUGUGAGAACCAACACAUGGGAGAGGACAUGGUUUUAGAGCCGGGUCUGGUGAUGAUAUUUGCUCAUGGGGUUGAAGAAAUUUAAUUGUGCACAAACUAAUAUAUGCACUCCUUGUGCUUCUCCAUAUGCUUCAUCCUUCCUUCCAAAAAGCAGGGUCUUGUAUCCCAGGCUAUCGCUUAACAAAUACAGUCUCUGGGCCCCACUCUUGCCGGCGGUGCUUAUUUGCUGAGUGCGGGGUAAGGACUUGCCAUUGUUGACUUUUGUAUGGAAGACACUCCAAGGGUACAUAAUCUGAUUUAUAUCGUCCCUCACAGUGCACUAUGAUAUCAACUUCAACGUCAAACAAUCCAUAUUCAUUUUCUUAGUUCCACUUGGCGUCUGUUGAAAGUAAUGGAAAUUGGCCUACGAGGAGCAAAGCAAAUUUCAACAAUUUGGCAACAUUCAGAAGAAACUCUAACACUUAUGAAGGAGCAGAGGCAUUGUAAUGGAAUUAUGGGCAUUUUUAUGAGGUGCAAAGGCAUGCUCGUAAAUCACUGGUAUCUGUAACGGGAGUUAUGCUACGACUUGAACCUGGACUUGGGCAAACCCCCAUGGACUUGGAUUUUUCAGGAGAAUUUUGUGCAAGUAGGCUAGAAUAAAGAAGUAGAUAUUUUUUUAAACCCUCUGUCAUUUGGCACUAGCUUCAGAUGUUCAGUUUGUUUUGGUUGUUGUCACAAUAAAUUAGCAGCAGACUAUGCAGCCGUUCCAUAGA